AUGAGAAACACAAUUGUAUUGUUUCUUUUCUUUAUUAUUAUUACCCAAACAAUAUCACAAGAUAUACGUUCAUUAUUAUUAACUAAAUUGAACAAUAUUCAAUAUCAAUGUACUAAUUAUGGUUGUUCAUCUUCUACUAUCGUUUUGGCAUUAAACUUGAGAGCCUGCGAAAUUGCGUGUUUAGUUAACAUCGAUUGCCGUACGCUUACAUUUGAUCAAUCCAAUAAUCAAUGUGAACUCUUCGUUGAUAUUCCAAGUCAAUAUGGUAGUCUGAUCAUCCAAGCAAACAUUAUAACUAUGACUGCUGUUAAUAACGGACAAUUACCAGCUCCAAUGACUAUUGAUACAACAACAUCCACGUACAGUCCAACAACAACAACAUCAUUGUCGACAACAUCAUCAUCAUCGACAACAACAACAACAACAAUACGGACCUCAACAACAAGUACAACUACGACAUCAUCAACUAGUACGACAAGUGCUACAACUACGACGGCAACCACUACCUCAUCAACAACAACGACUACAACAACAACAACAACAACAACAACUAUGUUCACUUGCAUAUCGAGUUUAACAGGCGCAACAAUGCUGCUUAAUUUAACAAACAGUCCAAGUCAAAGUUAUACACAAUAUAGUUACAAUUACAUCGCUGUUACUACAUCGACUCGUCUAACACUGUCGUUUCGUAUGGAUUCAAAAAACUGGUCGUUAGACACAUUGUCUGUGAAAAGAAUCGGUACAAGUACAGAACUGUUGACGAAUGGUGAUUUUGACUCUGGUACCAUGUCUGGCUGGGCAUCAUGCAAUCCGAAUAAUGCGACGAAUUUUGGAUAUUUACAAUAUGAUCCUUUGUAUACACAAUCGGGUAGUUACUAUUGGAAAGAUGCAUCGACAGGGGCUGUUGAUUAUCUCUAUCAAUAUUUUUCCAGUGUUGUCGGUGCCAGUUAUACAAUUAGUUUUUAUUUGAAAGCUGACACUGGACUGCCAAACAGUGCGAAUGUCUAUAUUGGAUCCUAG